AUGGCCACUUCUGAGGUUAUGAACAAAGUUGAGGGUGAAGGGCAUAAGGAGGAGGUGGUGAAAGAAAAGCCAUCAGAAGCAACUGCGGAGGGAGUCCAAACAGGAGAAGCCAGAGACCUUCCUGGCUCCCUUAAGUCUCAGAGGAGAAAGGCCCACAAAGAACAUCCACCGGAGGUUCUGAGCAAGCUACACCCCUUGCAGAACAGGUGGGUUCUGUGGUUCUUCAAGAAUGACCGAAGCCGGGCCUGGCAGGACAACCUGCAGCUAGUCACCAAGUUUAACACUGUGGAGGACUUCUGGGCGAUGUACAGCCAUAUCAAGCUGGCCAGCAAGCUCUCUUCUGGCUGUGACUAUGCCCUGUUCAAGGAAGGCAUCCUGCCCAUGUGGGAAGACAACAGAAACAAGCAGGGUGGCCGCUGGCUGCUCAGCAUUGACAAACAACUGCGCCACUUCGAACUGGACCGUCUGUGGCUGGAGACGUUGCUGUGUCUGGUUGGGAACUGUUUUGAGGAAUACAACGGGGAAGUGUGCGGUGCUGUUGUGAACAUCCGCACAAAGAGGGACAAGAUUGCCCUGUGGACGAGUGAAGCAGAGGACAAAGCCGGAGUGAUGCAGAUCGGGCAAAUAUACAAAGAGCGCCUGGGCAUCUCUACGAAGACCAUCAUUGGGUACCAGGCCCAUGCAGACACUGCUGCCAAGAGCAACAACUUAGCAAACAAGUUUGUGGUGUGAGACCGGUUUCAGCCACUACUCAGUGGGCACCCUCCUCUUGCUGUUUGAUGGACAAGGAAGACUGCACUGUGGAUUCUGGGGCAGGGCUUGGGGGAGGCAGACAGCCUGGUUCUUUACCUCUCUUGGAACAGUAUAAGCACCACUCCUUAGAUAAGGUCUCACCUGUUGCCCAGGUUGGCCUUGUAUUUGUGGACUUAAGCCACUCUCCUGCUUCAGCCUACAGACCUGGGACUGCCACAGCUCAUCACUAUGCCUGCAUCCAUAAUAACUUCUUCAGCAUGUAUUGGGCUCAGGCCUCAUGGCAGCUGGCCAAUGCUUAUGAGCUACUCUCAAUCGCUAGCCCUGUACGGGACAUUUGCCAAGGGCAGGGUAAAGCAAAGUCCUGGCGCAACCUUGCCAAACAAGGACAGCAGACUCCUGAGGCAGGCUCUUCUGUCUUGGGAGAAGGGUUCCAGGCCACUGAUAUUAAGGGUUAGGAGUUCAGUUCUCCAUGAGCUUAAAGGCUUAUUAUGGGGUUACCCUCAUCAGAUCUGUAGCUUGGGUACCCAUCCUAAAACCUGUUCUUCCCUAGACCAGUUGUGAUUGGAUCCAUCCUCCCUUCCUCCAUCCUUCCCUCCCUCUCCCCCCGCCCCCAAGUAUGGACUAGGUUAGAGAGGAAUUUGUGUAAAGACAGGUAGGACUGGGAACUGGGAAUGCCCUGCACAGCCUUCCCAUCUGGAGACAGUCCUGUGGGUUCUGUGUGCCUCCUCCUGCUGAAGUGAUGGAUGGAUUAAACCUUCACGAGUGAAGAGAUUACAGUGGUAGUUGGGCUUCACCGUGGUUUUGUUAGAAGGGAUUCACUGAUGAUGC